AGGAGGAGACGACGGCUGGACAGACCCACCAUGCUGCCCUGUUCUAACUUUAAUUUUACACGCAGAAAAUAUCGCCCAAGCAGACGCUUUUAGUUCGCUCUCGCUCCCCGUGGACUCUAUUGGAUGUUCCCGACGUCUUUUCGAUUUUUUUUUUUGGGGUUUUUUUUUGUUCGCCGUGGUGAAAACUCCUCUUCGGUGAGGACGCUUGAAGAUUCCACAAUCAAACAUGUUGCAAAGGUUCGCUCAGUCGCAGGAUUGGCUUUACUCGGAGCCGCUGCUCUUUGAUGAUGAGUUCUGCCAGAGCUUGAUGAAGGACCUCCAGUCGCUUCCGACACCCCCCCAGUCCCCUCCCAUGAAGGCCGGACUGGCUGGCAGUAAGCCCCUGUCCAACGAGGACCAGCUGAGCUACGUGUCGGACAUCCUGCUGGAGGAUCACGACAUGCAGCUCAACUGGAACUGUGACUUCUUCCACUCCGAUGCUGCAGAGAAGGAGGGCCAGACCAGCCAGCCCUGCUCCCCCCUAGAGGAGAGCAGCGAGGACUGCCUGUGGCAGUGCCUGACAGCAGACAAGAGCCUGGAUGAGAAGCUGGUCUCCUCGAUGCUCGGCUCCAGCCCGCUGCUGUCUGACAUCGACACCAGCAUCUUUGAGGAGAUCGCUGGCUCCACGCUGGACUGCCAGAACCUGAUGGACACUCAGGAGCCCAGCGAAUCCACAUCAGACUACGGAUCAACUGGCGGCGAGCUGUCCAUCUAUUCAUCCAGUGACUCCGAGGAAGAGAUUGACGUGGUGACAGUCGUCCGCUGUCCCUCCAGCCCCUCCCCUUUGGCCCCAUUGGCUAAUCUCUCUGUCCGUCAGCAGAAGCAGGAAGAGGAGCAGCGGGCUCUUCAGCGCCACCACAUCGAGAUCCAGCUGCAACACAACUACGCUGCGCCCUGCCCCGCCUCACCGCCACCUUCCUCCUCUUCGUCCUCGUCCAACAAGCGCUCGAGAGGGAGUGACGGCUCUUCGCGCUUCCACCACUCUUCUCGCAGCUCUUCCUCAUCGUCCUCGUCGCGGUACCACCACCACCACCACCACCACUCGUCUCGGAACUCUACAGAGACGGAGGAUGAGGAGGAGCGGCGGCGGACUCACAACGUUAUGGAGCGGCAGCGACGCAACGAGCUGAAGAACUGCUUCAUGCGCCUGCGUGAUAACGUGCCAGAGCUAUCGCACAACGACAAGGCGUCCAAGGUGGUGAUCCUGAAGAAGGCCAGAGACUGCAUCUACAGCCUGGAGGACGAGUGCCACAGACUGCAAGCCAAGAGGGACAAACUGAGAGCCAAACAGGAAGAGCUGAAAGCCAGGCUGGAACAGUUCCACAGCUAAUGGACCAGGGGCAAACCAUGGGCUGCAUUUUAACCCAUUUAGAGACUGUGUGUGUGUGUGUGUGUGUGUGUGUGUGUGUGUGUGUGUGUGUGUGUGUGUGUGA